UCCCUAAUUUACACAAACAAUUCCAAUUUCCAGUUUUAAUCAGAACUCUUGAGUGAUCUGCACUGAUAACAGUCUUGAAGUGAAGAGAUAUUAUUAGAGCAACGUAUUACGUUAGGUUAUAUUAAAUUGAAAUAAAAUAAAUAAUGUCUUAUAAAGGUUCCUACACAACAGCUGCGAUUGCUUCUGUCGGAGUAAUCGGCGGUGCCUACGCAGCUUACCAUAUCUACAAUAAGUUACAGAAACCAAAGUUGCCGGAGGAAUGGAGACAAGUCGGUACUUUGAAAAACCUAUACAUCUAUCCGAUCAAGUCUUGUGGUGCAGUCGUUAUAAAUUCAGUAGAAUGCACUUUACUAGGAUUGAGAAGUGGAUGGCUGCGGGACAGAGUCCUUAUGAUAGUGGACAGCAAAUAUAAUUUUGUGACUGCAAGAGUUUACCCUGAUUUGCUUCAUGUAGAACCUACAGUUAACAACUCUGUCCUUACUAUGAAGCAUCAUGAAAUGGGAACUUUGUCAGUGAAUUUGGCUGAGGUGACUGCUUUACAAUCUCCUAAAACCGCAACUGUGUGGUCUGCACCAGUGCCCGUUUAUGAUUGUGGAGAUGAAGCUGCCGAAUGGUUUUCAAAACUAUUGGAUAAGCCUCCUGCAACCAUGAGACUGGUAUAUUAUGCAUCGCAAAACUGCCGAAGUAGUAAAUUUCACAACAAACUGUACAAAUUCGGCAAAAAUGAUACGGGAGCCUUUACUGAUGAGGUUUCGUACCAUUUAAUUAACGAAGCUUCUGUUGACGAAUUAAAUACAAGGUUGACCGACUGUGUAGCGUCCCAUAAACACUUUAGACCAAACUUCGUGUUAGACGGCGCCCAACCUUAUGAUGAGGACAAUUGGAAGUUUGUGAAGAUAGGUGAAAACAUUUUCGAAGUCAUUAAACCAUGCACCAGAUGCAUAAUGACCACAAUCGACCCAGAAACAGGAUUGCGUCACUCAAGAGCUGAGCCAGUGGAAACAUUAAAGACCUAUCGUCAGAUAGAAGACCCGGUGCUUCGGAAGAGUGAGAAAAACUCUCCCCGCUUGGGAUUACAGAUGGCCCUGCGUUCCCCACCAGGCGGCCGUAUUUCAUUGAACGAUCCCAUUUACGUCGCAUAAAAUUUAUAACAUUCCAUUUUACAAAUAUGCUUCUAUAUCGUUCAAAGAUUUUUAUUUUGUUAAUCUUUUUUAUGUUUAUUUUCGGUUAUAUAAGCUUCAAGCUUAACGGUAAGACUGUAUUCAAAAAUCAAAAUACGGUCGGUUCACAUAAUGUAUAAAAAUAAAAUCAUAUGUUAACCAA